AUGUCCCUCAUUUCUGAUGGUUUCAAUUCUGGUACUUCUGCUAGAAUUUCAUAUAACUUGACAGCUGGCGCCUAUGUUGCUGCAAUUUACAAUUUUCCAACUCCACUCAGUUUUACAAAACUUACCUUUGCUAUUCGAUAUGCAUGUGCACAAAAUGUCAAAGUUUCUUUUAGAUUGACGGAUUCUACUGGACAAACUUUCCAAAUGACUGGACUAAACAUGCCAUUCGAAUCUUUGAUGAAAGGUUGGUCAGAGGUUUACUUUCAACCAACAAAUGCAACUGAAUUUUGGGGAGGAGCCAAUGAUGGAAUAUUUCACAUGCCAUUCAAACAAUUUUCCAUCGUUUUGGGUCUUGUAGAAAAGAUUUCCUCAACUGUCGGCUGUCUAGAUUUUGACAAUUUCUAUGCCAUGAAUGAAACUCAACCAAUUCAAUUGAAUUUAACUAAUAGAGUGGCAGUACCAUGGCCAGGUGACAUGUUGUCCAAGAUGGGAGUCUGUGUCCAUUCAGCAAAUACUGCAGAAUUGGAUGCAGCCAAAAAUGCAGGUUUUUCCAUGAUUAGAAUUGACUUGUUUUGGUCAUGGGUUGAAUCCAGUCGUGGAAAAUACGUCUGGACAAGCUUUGAUUCAAUUGUUACCAAUUUGAAAGCUAGAAAUAUGACAGCUCUCUUUAUUCUGACCUAUAACAAUGAUUUAUAUAAGGAUUCGAAUGGUGGUUUCAAUGCCACGACCAUUGAGGCAUUUGCAAAUUAUUCCAGAGCUGCUGCAAAACAUUUUGCAGGAACUGGAACGAAAUUUGAAAUUUACAAUGAGGCCAAUGGAAAUGGGUUUACAGGAGCGACGUAUGCUCCAUUGGCUGCAGCUGCAAUUAAGGCAGUUCAUGAGGGAGAUUCGAAUGCUAAAGUUUCGACUAGUGGAUUGUCUGGAUUUGAUUAUAAUUUCUUAAUUAAUGAGUUGUUGGGUGGUGCUGGACAGGAGGCAGAUGCCAUUGGAUUGCAUCCGUAUGGAGUUGGAUAUAAAUCAGGAGUUGGAUCGAUGGUUGACGGAGCUAGACUUUACAAGAGCUAUGUCAGUAAAUAUUUACAAUCAACCAGAAGUUCCAUUCCACCUGUAUGGGAUACUGAGAUGGGUUUAACCUCUACAGAUUACGAUCCAACUGGAAGCACCAAUGGACACAACUCUGUGGCCAUGAGAAUCCAAGCCAAUCGUGCAGUUGAAAGAUUACUUGCAUCCAUGGCCGUAGGUUUCGAAAUGUUUCAAUAUUACGAUCUGAGAAAUGAUGGAAAUGAUCCAACCAAUCGUGAACACAACUUUGGCCUCCUCUUCAAUAAUUACACUGAAAAACCAGCUUUUAAAUCAGUCAAGCAAUUAAGCAAAAUGGUUAGUGGAAAGAUAUUCGAUUCAUUUAUUAGAACUGCACCUUCUCCGUUGACUGCCAUGAGGUUUGUGAAUGAGAAUGAAACUCUUGUGAUUGUUUUUGCACAAGUUCAGGAUAUUAAGGCAAAGAUUGUGUUGGUUCAAACUCCAAAAUUGAUUCUUGAUGUUUUUGGAAAUCAAUUGACAGCUAGUCAAAAUUCAUUGACAGUUACCGAUAAGGAUGGAGCAAUUUAUUUGUUGUAUGACAAUGAGAAGGUAACUCCUAGUAGUAGUUCAGUUUCUCCAAAGGCAACUUCUUCAUCAAGUUUGAAACCAGGAGCUUCGAAUAGAGCUAUUGGAAAGUCAACAAUAACUUCAGAUUCAGGAGUUUCUAAUAGAUUUUAUACAUGUUUGAUCGCCUGUUUGGCAAUCUUGAUGAUCAUGUUGCAAUAA